UAUUUUAUUAUUCUCUUUUUGUGUGUUGUACGUAAACAUUGUUGUCAUUUUACAUUUUUUAAUAGUUAUGAUGGAUUUUUACAAUAAUUUAUAAAAUUUGUGGAAAAAAUAUAAAAAAAUAAAAAAGAAACUAUGGUAGAAGAGACCACAACGAGUAAUAGGACCAGAUCGAAACCGGAUAGACCAAAACCAGUAUAUCUAUGGACAGUGGGUGAUGUAUUGAAAUGGUAUCGCAGGCAUUGCAGUGAAUAUUUAGAAUACUUGGAAUUAUUUUCAAAGCAUGAAAUCACUGGUCGUGCUUUGUUACGUAUCAAUGACUCCUCCCUGCAGCGUAUGGGUGUUACAAAUAAUCGUGAUAGGGAAGCUAUUUGGCGUGAAAUUGUCAAACAGCGCCUUAAGACUGAUAUUAUGGAAAUACGUGAUAUGGAACGUAUAGUGAAUCAACAUUCAAUGGCCAAAAUAUCUCAUGCUAAAGCUCAAAAGUAAUUUGUUAUCCCUUAAACAAAAAGGUGCAACGAAUUAUGUUUUAUUAUUAUUAUUUUUUUUGUUCUAAAUUAAAAAAAGAUGAUAUUGUUAGUUUAUUAUUAUAGAAAAAACACCAAGUGAUUGUGGUUGUACAAAACAAAA